AUGCCCUCUCUACGACCUUCUCGCCGCGACGACUUCGAGGUUGUAAUCAUCUGCGCGCUACCGCUCGAGUACGACGCCGUUUGCUACAUCUUCGACGAGUUCUGGGACCAAGAUGGCGAUCAAUACGGACGAGCCGCAGGAGACCCCAACAGCUAUACCACGGGCCGUGUAGGCAAAUACAACGUCGUUCUGGCCCUCUUGCCGCACAUGGGCAAGACCAACGCGGCCAGCGCGGCCGCCAGUAUGCGAUCGAGCUAUGGCGGCUUACAACUAGCCCUCCUUGUCGGAGUGUGUGGUGGUAUGCCUCGCGGCCGAGACGGCGAAAUCUUGCUGGGCGAUGUUGUCAUCAGCAAGACCGUUAUCCAGUACGAUUUCGGCCGGAAGUAUCCAGACAAGUUUGUACGCAAGAACACUGUCGAGGACAAUCUUGGCCGGCCGAAUAAAGACGCCCGCAACUUGGUCGCCACAUUCGAGACCGAUCGGGGCCUCGACCGGCUCGAACAACGGACUACCCAUUUUCUCCGGCAACUCCAGGCUAACGUUGCCCAGACAAGGCGUCGGGGCAAGUACGACUACCCCGGAACGGCGGAAGACAAGCUAUUCGCGCCGUCCUACCGCCACAAGCACCACAUGUCGCCGUCCUGUAUCUGCCGUGAUUGCUUCGGCGACUUCGACCCCGUAUGCGACGAGGCGCUCAGCUCGUCAUGCGCGAGUCUCGGAUGCGACGACAAACACCUUAUCGCGAGGAAACGGCUUCAGGCACAACCACAGUCAGAACACGAGGGUGGCGAUACGUCUCCGCAGCCUGCGGUGCAUGUGGGAGUUGUCGCGUCGGGAGAUUGGGUGAUGAAGUCGGCUGCGGACCGGGACAGGCUCUCCAGGGAAGCAGGCGUGAUUGCGUUCGAGAUGGAGAGCGCUGGGGUCUGGGAUGAAGUGCCGUGCAUCGUGGUCAAGGGAGUGUGCGACUAUGCGGACAGCCACAAGCACAAAGGGUGGCAGAACUUUGCGGCGGCGACUGCGGCAUCGGCGUCCAAGGCAAUUCUAGAGCGCUAUAUCCUGACUGAUAAAGCUCACCUAGCAUCCGCCGGCGAGGGUGAGUGCAGGUUGCCUCCGACAUUGACGAAGAGAGCUAAUAGCAAAGAAGACGGCAGGAGCGGCAAUGCUUCCGCGGCCAGCACAUCUCAACAGGACGAAGCAGCCAAAGCCGCGCAAGGGCCAGUCUUCUAUGGCCCCAUCUCAGGCAAAUACGUCAUCCCGGGAAUCUACACGACGACGGGAGGGACCGCCAACCUCAGUUUCGGGCCGCAGAGCUAA